AAGAGAGCCAGACGUGUUUAAUAUCUUCAUAUGCAACGGAUGGUUUUUUCACAGACCUGGAGGAGGAAAACAAGGUCUAGGCCUACAGCUCAAAGAGUCGUUUCAUCAUUUCAUAUUUUUCAAGAUUGUCAAGGUUUUUAAUGUCGUGUCAGUAGGCUCAGGAUAAAACGUAUAGGCCUAGAAGGAGCUCUGGAACUCAGUGGAAACACGGCCACGGUCAUGACCACGAUGACGGUGAAUCAUCGUGACCAUCGAUCAUCAUCGCGUAGACUUUACUGUGUUCACGUUUGCGCAGCAAUUGAGUGAUACCAGGCAGUGGAACAGUCAGUAUCAGGAAGAGACCAGAGGCAGAACAUUGGCAAGAUGGGGAUCAAUUUCCCAAGCUUUAGUCGGGUUAUCAGCUUGGACACCAAUGAAGAAAUUAAAAGCUGGAUUGAGAUGUGGUACCAGAUCUUCCUCUGGUAUCUCUUCUCAUCCUUCUUGAUUCACUCUGGUGCGGCUAUCAUCGCCUUCUGGGCCCUUCGCAAGCACAAGAUGGGACGGCUAUACUCUCUCGUCAUCCUUGUGAUGGGCUUUGUAGGGCCCAUAACUGGAGGCAUUGUGACAAGUGCAAUCAUUGCUGGCCUGUUUAUCACGUCUGAGUUCUCCAUGUACCCCCUGUACGCCAUGGUGUGUGGCUGGGGACAAACGAUUGUGGUCAUCGUCAUCUCGUUCUUCCGGAUACUGGCCACGUUGUGACGACAGGGGCACCUGCAAGGAACCCUGCUGUUCGUCACAGACUGCUGGGCUUAUCGCUGCUACACGACUGUAACACUAAACUCGUGACGGGUGGUUUGGAGACAUUGUUCCUUUGAGCAGGAAGUUGUGGCUUUGGAUCCUACCCAAACAGCCAUAGGCAUCGCCAGGGGAAAGGGGGCCAAAGGGGUGCUUGCCCCACCCUGAAAAAAAAAUUGAAAAAUAAAAAAGGAAAUAAAAAGUAAAACCUCAGAAAAGGAGAGAUGAAAAUCCCCACUUUGCUGCCGAGUGCCUUGCACCCCCCCAACGAAUAACCCUUAUCUCCCCCCCCCCAGAAAAAAUCCUGACAAGCCCAUACAAGCAGCCAUAAAGUUCAUUCUCGGUACUCAUUAAAGGGACUUUAAUGUCUACUGCCAAAGUGAUUUGAGUCUAUAACGAUAAAUAUUAAAUAUUGUUACCAUACUUUAUAUAUCAUGCUCAUUUGCUGUGUUAACAAGAUUGGAAUCACAGCUGUGAUGAAAGAUAGACUUCUCUGAAAAUGGAAUCCCCUCAGUGUAACCUUCACACCAGCCCCACGGUGUAGUUUUGCUUUGCAUCAGUUGUGACUGCAAACCUGUGCGUGCCUGUAAUGUCAUCCGUGGUGAAGAUCAGUACUUUGAACAAGACUAACACUGCAAGCCCCCCCCCCCACAGGUCCCACCACAGGUGUGCAUCACAGCGGAAGGACCCCCUCCCCCACACCCCUUGGCACAGCCCCACUCGUCCAUCUUGAUGACAAAGCAUUCCUGGGCCAAGAUGGUUGACUCAUUCAGGAAGAUGAUGAAAAAAAGGGUACUGAUGCUGACAAAUUUGAAUUUGCCGUUGAUAUUAGGCAGCCACAUGUCCGUGUAUUGGGUUAACACCCCCUUUUCUUCUGUAUCAGUUGCAGGAAAUCCUACCAUACUUGCGCAAUCAUGCAUUGCUAAAUGUGAAGUGCAUGUCAACUUUGAGAUUUGGCAGUUAUUUUUCUCUAUUUUCCAUAUGCUUUCACUUGAAAAAUUGUCAUUUUUUUUCAGAGAAACUACCUAUGAAUAGAAUUUCAUCUAUUAGUCCCAGGUAAAAAGUCCCAAAUAAUUUCCCAGAAAUUUCAUGAAGUCUUAAAUAUCUUUGAAACUGUGUCUAGGGAAAGUUGAAAGUAAGGUGCUAACUGUGUUACUAGUUUGACAGUACAUGUAUAUUAAAGUUUGGAACUGUACAGGCAUGUACAUGUAAAAAGCAUAAAUACAGGCCAUAUACUACAUUCCUUUACUUUGACUAGAAACAAUACACUCGCUAUGGAGGCUGUUUUUAGCUAGAAUCAGUUGCCAGAGAUCUAUGUUAUCGCUAGCCAUAACCAGGGAAGUUUGGUCAUGGCUAUGCCUUGUUAACUUUUGUAUAUAUCAAAUCUUUAUGCACUGGUAUGUGAGGAACUGUGCACUUGUUGUGUGUUGAAUAAAAUUGUAAAAAAAGUCAGUUUAUUACUAUAGAUAUUGAUGUAAUGGUUGUUUCCUUUAGUAAAUGCUCAAAAUCUUCGUGAUUGAAAGUGUCUGUCUAAAAAUGAGCGAUAUAGAGGGUUAUUUUUCCCUCAGAUUUUCCCCUUGUCAUUAGGUUCAUUUAGUAUUGGUACAUGUAUUUUUCCCUCCCCCCCCCAAAAAAAAGCUGUCAUUUUUUAAACAAACUUAGUUCUUUUCCUCCACGUGACACCAUCAGUGCAAAGUGGAAUUCUUCCACUGUAUUUUUUGCACCUGUAGUCACCUCAGGAGAUAUUUACCGCAAUCGUCUUCCUGGCAAAGUUCCAAUUUCUACUUCCUUAACUGGGCAAGUUGGCGUGAAAAGUUGAAGACAUUGUGAAGCAACUUGUGUUCUGCAAUUUUCUCUCACAAAACAAAAGACCUGACUCAUUGGUGCACGAGUUUGGAACCUCCCGGACACAUCAGGUUCUACUACACUCUGUGAAGGAAACAAAAAGAAUUUGUCCAGAUCUCCGGCCCAUUAGACUCAAUUUCCAGGUGAUUGAUGAUUUCCUGCACCCUUACUGGAUUGUUGGGCUACCUGAAAAAGUGCUGCUUAUGCCAAGCAAGUUGUGUCAGAGAUAUUGAGAGGGACCCCCGGCCUCAUUGCACAGCAGCCAUCUUGGAGGUAACAUACUUUCAUUCCACAUACCUGUUUGUUAGAGCACGGUCAUAGAUAGUGAAUUUUAAUUGAUUGCAAAUUGAUCGUGUGA